AUGAGUCCGUCCCUGAUGGAGCUCGGCCUACCGAGCAGGGCCGCACUGAAGGCCCGGCCAAAGGAGGCGGACCUGCCGUCCCAGAAAGGCAACGCCAAGGCGCUUUCCAAGCUCUUGCAAGAUGUCACCACCAUGCGGCGAGCUAGGGUUUCGGUCUGGCAGCGCUGGCUGGCGGACACGCUGGCCGCUGCAGAGAAGGACGCCGCACUGUUGCUCAGAGCUGGCCUUGCACAGGAGGCAAAAGCGCAACUAGGCGCAGGGCGUCAGCCCAGGCAGGCCAUAACAGACAGGAGCUCGUCGGAAGCGGAGCCGAAGAGCGAACCUGCGCAGGGAAGGGCAGCGGCGUGUGUCAAUGAGAUCGCUGUCAAGGCCGGGCUGGAGCUCUUCUUCGGCCUGCUGGAACAGAGCGGCGAGCUGCGCACGCGCAUGCUCAAGAGCGCGUGCGGCAUCCUCUCCGCGCUCCCCCCGCUCUCGUUCUUUGGGGAACUCGCAAGCGUCCAACUAGAGGGGAUCGAGCGAGUAUGCAGUUACCUCAUGGAAGUCGUUGCGAGCCAAGGGCCGGGGGCGCGCAUGGCUGCAGGGCUGCUGAUUGAGCUGGCAGCAGCGCGAGGGUCGCUGGUGUUCACUUUGAACUUGGCGCUGUUGUUUUCGAGCCACCCGGGGCUGAUGGACGCAGCCAACUUGAAGGCGUUGCGGCGCUUGUCUUCCCUAGACGGCGCCGACGCAUCCGUGACCGUCGAAUUCGGCCCCGAGCAGCGCCUGGACAUGACCAUCACCGAGCGCCCGCGGCCGCUGUUCUUGACCUCCCUCGACUCCCUCGACAGCUCCGUCAUCUCCCAGCCCGACACGGCACGUGCCGUCGGAACCGUCCUUCCCUGCGCUGACGACAUGCUGUGUCUGCUCGAGUCGCAUGAUGACGACAUCAGCCGUGCGGGGAGUUUGAUUUCCGCCCGGGAGCUGUCCAUCCCCCGGAGGUUGGAAAGCAGUCUAGAACUAGAGGCGGGACAAACGUCCAGGGCGACGACCCCUGAGCCACCACAGACGCCCCAGCUGAGCCGCGCGCCGAGCGAGGCGCCUGCGGCAGGGGGGGAAGCGCUCAGUUCCCGCAGCGCGUGUGCUGCGGUGCUGGCGCAUGUCGAUCUUCUGGUCACCCGGUUGCAGGCGACCGACCGGAAGGGGGCCGCCACGCACCCGCCGCACUGCGUGGAGCCGGGUCCCGAGACGCUGCGAAUCAUCCGGAAGAUCCUGGAGCAGUUCCCGUACACGGCGACCCCCCAGAAGGGGACACGUGGCGGCAGCCCCGCGGACGGGCGCGCGCGCAUGAAGGCCGUGACGGACGACAUGGCGCGGCUGUACGUGCCGCUCGCGCUGCUGCGGCUGCUGAAAGUGAACCUGGACUGGAUGGCGAAAGCAGGAGGGGGGGAGAAAAGUGGGGCGAAAGCGGGGGGAGAAGAGAAGCAGGGAAAAGGGCCCCCCCGGACGAGUUUGGCGCCGUCGGCCACCACGGAGAGUCUGUUGGCGACGCUGCUGGGGCUGGUGGAGGCGGGCCCGGAGAGCGCGGGGGGGGAGCGUAUGUUGCAGGUGCAGGCGCUCGCGGUAGACGCGCUGCGGAGCGGGCUGCCCAUCUUCCUGCCCGACGCCACCGCACGCGCGCUCGCGCUCGCGCAGCUCCUGAACGCGCAGGCCUCACGGCUGCCGCACGCAACGCCCGCCGAAAAGGACCUCCUCCAGUUCAUGCUCGCGGACGCGUCCAAACCGUCCGUUCUGUGGAAGACGCUGCACCCGCUUCUGGGGCUAAAACCGGACGAGAACCGGACGCUGGGAAAGGAACCGCUGCUGACGUUGUUGGACUCGCUGCUGGGGUACUCGCUGCGUUACUUGUCUGCCUGCGUCGACGCGGUUUCCAGAAACGAGCCCCUGGAGGCUGCAGCGGAAGACGCUGCCUCGUCAUCUGACGACGCCGUCGAAGUGGAGGAGGAGGAAGAAGCGUGGGUCUGGGGCCUCUGGCACACAGCGAGCGUGGAGGUGACGAACAUCAGCCUGACUGCGCGCAAGACGCGCAACAGCCCUGAGUUCAGCACGGUGAUGGGCAGCCGGGGCUUUACGGCGGGGAAGCACAGCUGGGACGUGCGGGUCGACCAGCACGCGAGCAACAUGCGCCUCGGGGUGGCACGUGGCGGCAUCCUGUUGGACGAGAACCUGAACGACAGCUCGAUCGACAGGAACACUUGGGUGUACCACGCGAACGGGCACCUGCUGCACCACGGCAUACACCACAGGCAAAUCCUGGAGUUCGACGCGGGCGACACGAUCAGGUGCCACCUGGACAUGGACCGCGGCACGCUGCGCUUCAGCAAGAACGGCAUCGAGAUCGACAAGUUCUUCACCAACAUCACCGGGGAGGUCUUCCCGGUCGCCAGCUUCGACCACGUGGACGACCAGGUCACCAUUACCAAGCGGGUCCAGAUCGUGGCGGAAAGCCCCGCGGUGCUGCCGCUCAUCCCCAGCUGCGCGCGCAUCGUCGUCGAGACCAUGAAGCUCCUGCUGACGCAGCUCAAGGACUCCCCCGCUGCGCAAACCAUCUGCUGCCACGUGGCGGCCUCCGUGCUGAACCACGUCAGGGACGCGCUGCGGCUGCUCGCGAGGCUCGAGGGCGGUCCCCUCGAGCUGCUGACGUCACUGGCUGACCGCUCGCUCCUGCGCGCGUGCCUGCCGGUCCUCCUCGUGUUCCUGCUCGCGCUCUCCCAGUUCUGCAAGACCGGGGCGCUCCUCCCGACCCUCGCCGAAGUGGCGCAGCUGCUCCAAGGGCUGUCGGGGCAGUCACCCGGGCACAUGACGGGCGGAUCCCCCUCCGCAGCUCUCUCCCUCCACUCCUCCGAGGCCCCGUUCGACCCGCUAACGCAAACAAAGCUCGCAACCCGGUUGGUGGAAUCGCCCCACCGGUACCGACCGGGCGACUCGCCGAUCCAGGACGUCCAGUCUGCGUUCGUGCCCGGUGCAGACUUUUUGCUGGUGCAAUUCGACCCCCGGUCGGCGAUGGGGGAAAACGACUUUGUGAAACUGCAACAGGCGGACGGGGCGACCAUUGCCGGGCCGCUGAUGGGCCCCGCGGAGCACCGGUGGUGCGUCGAGCCCAUUCUAGUUCCUGGGAACACUGUGACGUUUGUACAAGAAAUGGACGGCGGGGCGGCCGCGGUGCAUGGGGGCGACUGGGGGUACAAGGCGGUGGUGACCGGGUACCGGGCCCCGGGUUACUCGUUCCAGAUUGAGUCAGCUGAGUCGCGCCACCCGUACCACGAAUACUCCGAUACGGUGACCAAGAUCCACAACCUGAGCGCUUGCCGCCUGCUUGUGUCAUUCGACACGCGCUGCCAGACCCACCCAAGCUGCUCCCUGGAGCUCUUGAAGGGCAACAAGGUGGUGGGCCGUUACUCGGGGGAGAGCGGCAAUUGGCCGGUGACACCUGUCACGAUCCUGGGCAGCAGCCUGACGCUGCGCUUCAAAUCGGGCGGCGCUGAGGCCAUGUGGGGCUGGAAAGUGGUGGUCGUUGCGGUUAUUCCUGCGUUGUCGUCCCAUUGGCUGUUCCAGUUCAAGAACGUCGCGACAGGGCUCUGCGGGAUGCUGGCUGGCAAAGCGCUGGCCGGUCCGGCGUUCUCCCCCAAGACCGACCCAACGGAACCGUGGGUGCGGGGGGAGCUCCUGAAGAGGGGCCUCAGCCGGUCCACCCCGAGCACGUACGUCCUGAAACUGGUGGAACCUCCGCCCGCGGACCGUCCGAAGGACGCCAUCGGACUGCUGCUCGCGCAUAAGACCAUGAACUCCAUUCCCAACGGUCUGCUCGACGCGUGCGACCGCGCCGCCGUGGUGUGCUUGCUGUACCACAGCGGGCUGCUGGACGUCGUGGCCGCGUUGAGCCGGGACCCCCUCCUCCCGGUGGAAAAGAACGACCAGCUCGUGCAAAGCCUGAGGGUCGCCCUCCGCCUGUCGCAAGAGCUGCGCAUGGAGCUGGUGCGGCGGCGCCAGGUGGCGCAGCUGGCGGAGGAGGGUGACGUUAUCGUGACGUACGACAGCAUCUGCCGGCCGUUCCUGGACAAGUGCCGCAUGCUGCUGCGCUUCGACCCGCUCUGCGAACCGGGCACGCCACGCUCGCCCUCCACGUCGGGAGCGUCAGACCGGCUACGAAAGGCCGCGCUGAAGAUUCUGAACAAGAGCACCAAGCAGGAGGCCAAGUCACAGUGGACCAGCGUGCUGCAGCUCAUCAAGAUCCAUUCCGUCCACUUCCGGAUGGAGAAGCAGGCCCGCUCGUCGAUGACGACGGUCGAGCAAGCGAUGGCUGAAGCAAAGGCCUUUCUCUACUCCGAGGUCCCCGUGGCUGAGGUUGAGCUCCACUACCGUAAGCAAGAACUCAGGAUAGGCGAGAUGGAGACCGGGCUCCAGACCGUGCUGACGCUGCUGGGCAGCUCCGACAGGGAGGUGUGGGCGGGGUGCCUGGACGGACUGGCCAGCGCCCAGCAGCGGAUGCAGCACUACCUGCAAAAUGUGGGCGGGGGAAAACCGGGCGCGGUUAGCCAUCUCAGACAAAUCAACAACGAGGUCCUGCAAAGACUGGUGGGCUUCUUGCGGUCCUCCGACACGCCCGCGAUCCUGCGUCUCCACGCGAUUGACAUCCUGACCACUAUGUACGACCCCACCGACCUCUCUUUCCUGGCGACCAUCGAACUUGGCGAGGCACUCCACAAGCUAGUCUUGCCGCUCGCCCCCGUGUCGCCCCCCGCGGACGCAUCUACGGACGCCGCCUGGAACAGCGUACUGGAGGCUUUUCACACUGGGGCCAUGCAGGCCUGGUCCGAGCGCAGCCUGGCGCCAACGCUCUCGUGUGAAAACGCGUUCAACGAGGUGGCGGCCGAGUCCGAGGAAUCCGCCGCGAAGCAGGCCAUGCAGGCGGUCUGGCGCCUCGCGGCCGCGCUCAUCCUCCACCUGGGGCUGUACGGACCGUCCGCGAGCCCGCGCCUCGUGUCCGAAAUCGUCGAGACCGCGCACGCGGGCGCGCUCGCGCUGCUCACCAACAUCCGCGGCGUUGCGACCGCCGAGAAGAAGGAUCCGCCGGGCGGCGUGAGCCCGGUUCCGGUUCCGUUGACGGUCAACCUUCUGGGGCCCGGAGCGAGCAACCGGGCGUCCACGAGGGUGACCAACAUGGGUGGCAGUGGCGGGGGAAUGGUCGCCGGCGGAACCGGAACCGGAAUAGGGAUAAGCAGUAGCCGAGCGCUGACAGCGCGACGGUCGACGAGGUUUCGGACGACGCGAACCGCCCCUGCGGCGCCGGCACAGGUGCUGGUUCCGUCCCGGACGACGUCGAUGGAGGUUCCGCUGGUCAACCGGAAUGGGGACAGAGUGCUGCCAGGAACCGGCGCCGGCGCCGGUCGCUUCUACUGCGGGCAAAGCUACACGGAGGCGGGCGGGUGCGCGUGCGGCGCAUGCGACGGCGUGUGCGGCCCCUCCGAGGGCUGCCCCUGCCCCGCGUGCAUCAUCUACGCGCGCGAGCAGGCCGACGCGGCGCUCGCGCGCGCGCUUCAGGAGCGGCAGAGCUCCCGGGAGGGCAGCCUGAGCUCGCGGACGACGAGCAUGCAGGUGGUGUCCGCGCCCGGGGCGGACGGCCGGGGGGACGGGCAGCUGCAGGACCGGGUGUGCAUCGACAAGGUGCAGAUUAUUGCGGCUGCCCAGGUGUCGUCCAACCCUUCCAGCGCGGCGAGUCUGCUCGAGCCCGGCACCGAGAACUACUGGCAGUCCAGUGGGCCGGAGGCCACCCACUGGAUUCGCCUCCACGUGGCAAAGGGCGUCACGCUGACGCGGCUCGCGAUCCUGGCGGACUGCCGGGAGGUCAGCUACUGUCCGGACAACGUGAUCGUACGAGGAGCGUCCGAUAGCACCACGAUGCACCAGCUGGCGGACGUCAGCCUGGCGGGGCUCGCGAAGCGACGCUUCGAAGCCGGCGGCCGCGUCAUCCAAGCGGACCUAGUGACGCAGCCCAUGGAGGGGAUGCGCGUGAUCCAGAUCAACAUCAAGAGCACGAUCGGGCGCGGAAUCGACACCCGCGUGCACGGAAUCCGCUGCUGGGGGGUCACCGCGGCGGGCCCAAUCGGCGACAGCCGCGCAACGCUCAAGUCGCUCCUCUCCGCAAUCUGCGCCAGCUGUCACCCCAAGAGCGUCAGCUUACGUCACCUCUACGCGCCCAAGUGGCUGUCGCUGCUCCUGCGCGUCGUCGCGACGUUGCAGUGCGGCGACGGGUUGCGGUUAGAGGGGUUACGGCUGCUGACCGUGGUUCUCGGCCGGUGGGACGGACUGGGGGAGGAAGACCUCAAGCGGAUCGUGGAUGAGAUUCUCCAGAUCACCGCGGAGAACUCUCCUGAGGCGCGGCUACUGCAUCCAAUCAAUCUCGGCGCCGACUUCCCGGGCGUCGUCUCCGUGGACACGUGUAGCCUCGCGGUUCGCUCCGGGCUGCUCGCGCUCCUCCGGGAGCUUCUGGACCGUCCGAUGUGGGCGCCCGUCAUCGGGCGCGCCCUCCAGGCGUCGAUCCAGCAGCUCCUGCCCCCCCUGCCCGGGGCGAACGGGUCCGGCCAACCGGGCACUUAUGACUGCGUCUCCUUCUGGUGGCGCACCGGAAAGGAGAGCCUUCCGGCGGACACCGACCGCGGGCUGGUCACUCUGUACGGGGCACGUGCCGAGCAGGAGCUCCAAACGCUAUUGAACGCGAUCGUCGUCGGCGUGCGGUCGGGGACCGGGACCCCGACCGCCUCCCGGCCCACGUCCCCCGACCAAAACGCCCAGCCUAGUUACAUGUCGACCGGGGAGUGCCGGACGUACUCGUUGGAAACGUUCGAGUACCCCGAGGGGCUGAUGCGCCUGGUUUCCGAGGGGGAGGAAGUUUCAUGCCCGCUUUCGACGCUCUUUGCGACCGGGCAGCAGUGGCACGCGCAGAGCAUCGCCCUGCUCAAAGAGAGCCUGUCCUCGGUUCAUGCCCCCGGGCGGCGAGGUCCGCAUGCUUCCCAUGCUAUGGUCCACCCGAGCCCUUCUCCCGGUUCUCCUCCACCGACCACUCUUCCGGUUCGACCGCACGGGGUGCUGCUGAGCGCUUUGCCUGCGUCAGCGGGGCUGGUCUUCGUUAGAUACGGCACGAUCGGGGAUCCGAGCCGGGCCACUUCCUGGCAAGAACUGCCCCGCACCGACCUGGAAAGCACGCAGGAAGUGGUUCCUGAGCCGCCUGCGGUGGCCCUCCCGGCCGUCCUCAUGCUGGGGGGUUGCGUGGCCCAGGCGAACAAGCCCCCCGGGGAGAUCGUCCGGCCCAAGGCGCUGGCGGGAGAGCAGGGAAAGGAGGUCUCUUGGAGCCAGGUGGCGGCACGCCUGCCGUCGAUCUUCCUCGAGGCGUGGGUGAAGUCCGCAGCGCUGCACUCGGAGGGCUUCGAUUUGGGCGCGCUUCCUUUGGGCGCGCACGUGAUGCGCGCGCGCAUGAUGAAGGCGUUCUACGAGCUGCUCGCCACGUCGACCGAGCGGGAGUGCCUCCUGAAAGACCCACGUGUCCUCCCCAUACUGGUCGCGGCCGCGUCGCAGCUGACCGACGUGCCGCUUGAGCUGACGGUCGAUGAGCUGGCGGCCAAAACGCUCGCGCUCAGUCUGCGCGCGUCGCCGCUCCCGAACGCCCUCGACGAGGUGAACCGCAUGGCUGACGACCUGUGUGACGUCGGCUUUGCGGAAGACCUCUGCAAGCGGGCCGUGAUCAAAGCUGGCGGGAAUCUUGGCGAGGCCGCGCAGUGGUUGACGAGUCAGGGGCGGAAAGAGGAGGACCAGAAAAUAGGGGGACGGCGGAGGCGGUCCAGUAGUAGCGUUGCAUCCCCCCAAAGCGGGGACGCGGAACUCGCGGAGUGGUUACAAGAUCCCCCCGCGUUUGAGAAACUCGGCGCGCUUCACACUCACGACGAGGAAGAGAGGCACGCGCGCCGCAGCAGUAACGGGAGCGGUUCCGAGUCCGGGGGGGUGUCAAAGGGCGACCCAAAAGCGGAGAAGGCCAGCUGGGUGGACGCCGCGUAUGCCAACAAGCAGCUGGCGGUGCGCGACCCGCUGCAGGCCGCGGUCGAAGUCGCGGCCGCGGAGGACGCGCUCUUCGUCUACUACUCGCGCCUCGCCCUGCUCCGCUACCUCGAGGCGGAGCCGGAAUCCGCCGGAAAGCUGACCGUCACGGAGCUGCUCGCGGUGACGCGCCCCAUGUUCUUCUCGGCGGACUCGAAGCAGCGGCCGCGCGUGCGCGACCUCGCCGCGGCUGCGUCGCCCAAGCAGCUAACCCGAACCCUUAACCGGCUGUUUACCGCGUGGGCCCAGAAGCGGGGCCAGGCGUUUGGCAGCUUGCAGAGCCUGAGCGGGGACCCGACUCUGGGGUCAAGUCAAGCGGACGCGACUCUCAAGGAGCUGAGCCGGGUGUGCGAACGGAGUCUGCAGAAGAUUGUGGAGAGCGGGGGCGUCGCGCACGCGCCCGCGGUGAACUCUGUGACGAUCGAGUCGCAGCAUCCGUACGAGGCGGCCCAGCGGGUCAUUCGAAAGGUCCGCAUUCUGGGCGCCCAGCAUCUGCGCGUCACUUUCAACUCGCGUUGCAACACCGGCGCCGACGUGCUCGCCUUUUUCAAGGACUCCGCCAGCCUCAGGAGGGCGACCCCGCCGCUGCGCGUGUGCUUCAAAGACUACAACUCGGGCAAAGCGGAAGGAAACGAGCCCGCAGCUCCUAUGUGGUCGGAACCGCUCAUCAUCAACGGGAGCUCGUUCUACUACAAGAUCAAAACGGAUUCCCGGGGACCCAAAAAGUGGGGCUACGCGUUUACCGUGGAGGCGAUCGGGGCGCCGACCGCGGCCGCGGCCGCGCAGCCGAUCAAGAUGGUGACCUUUGAGUCGCUGCACGAGUAUACGGACAACGAGCGGGGGUUGGAGAACGUGACGUUGAAUGGCGCGACCGGGCUGUCCGUUCACUUCGACGGAAAGUGCUCCGUGGAGCGGAACUCCGACGAGCUGCGGAUCAACGGCCAGAUCUUCUCCGACUGGAUGAACGGUCCGUGCUGGGAGCAGGAGUUACAAAUCCCGAAAAACACGUUCCACUUGGAGUUCGUCAGCGACGACAGCGAGACCGCGUACGGGUACAAGUUCGUGGUGCGCCCGACGGCCGACGAGAGCGGCAAGGGUUUGGCGGGUUUGAGCGAGGCCGACGCCGCGGCCGCGGGCGCGGUCCACGUGGGCUAUGUCGAGUGGCUGGUGACGUCAGUCCUGGGCGUCAUCUCGGCCCGGGGGGUCCCCCCGGGCACUUCAUCGCUGCUCGAGGCCGUGGUUUGCGCGCUACCGAGCCUCCCGAUCCCGUGCCGCACGCGACUCUUGCGCGCGCUCGCGCGCACUCUGUCCGAGGGGGUCAACUGGGCGGAGAAGGGCGACACGCUGGCGCCGUCCGAGGGGACGCAGAGGGCCGUGCGGCUGAUGUACCGGGCGAUGCUGAAGCAGCACGAGAUGGAGCGCAAGAACGUGGGCAAGAGCCGCGUGCUCUUCUCGCCGUACCUCCAGGCCUUGGUUGAGCUGUGCUCCAUUCUGGAGCACCGCAACACUCCGCUGGACCCGAAGACCGCCGACGGCCAACUGGGUAUCACGCUGGCCUCCCUCCCGCGCCCCGACUGGCUGCAGAGCUACAACCGGUUGGUGGAGCUCCUGGAAUCCAUGUGGAAGAUGGAACCGUUACCGGACUGGUUCGUCGCGAUCCUCGAGGGGCGGGCCGGAACCCAGGCGCUGACCACGCAAUCGGUGGAAGUGUUCUUUGAUCCGACGCAGGCUGGACGGGGCUGUGAGCUGACCGACUAUAUCAACGGGGGUUUCAAAGGAGUGUUGUUUGGGGGGCAGACGACGGUUCUGUGCAGUAGCGAGAUGCGGCACGGGACUGGACUGUACAGCAUCGAGUUUGAGGUGGUCGGGAAUGAUCAGUGCCUGGUCGGGGUCGCCGCUUACGGGGUCGAUGUGAAUACUUAUUUGGGCGACCACGGGGAGGCCUGGGGCCUGUUCGCGCAGACGGGGCGGAUGAAGGUCAAGGGCGAGUGGCAGAAGCACCCCUCGCUGAAGCCGUUCACAACUGGGGACAGGAUCGGGGUUCACUUCGACUCCGACGACGGGACGCUGCGCUUCUCCAAGAACGACGAAAUUAUGGCGAAGGUCUUCCACGACAUUCCGUCGGGGGUCGUUUUCGCGGCCGGGGGGUCUGUUCUUGGCGCCGUCCGAAUCGCGUCUGCCAGCCAUACCUUCGCCCACAUCGCGCCCGGGGGACAAACAGCCGGGCAGUCGGAAGCGAACUCCGAGCCCGGGAGCAGCGGGGGUUUGCGCCGGCACAGGAGGCGGGGAAUGGACCCGGGGAUCGAGCACGCAGCGCGCCAGCUGGCAGCUCUAGGGUACCCCCUCGCGGCAGCGGAGAAGGCGCUGGCCAUUGCCGGGAAUGACGUCAGCGCGGCCGCGUCGUGGCUCGUGAACAACCCGCACGUGGUCGAGGAGGAGCGCGCGCGCGAGGCCGAGGGGCGCGCCAACAGCCGGGUCCCGAGCGCGCGCUACUCCGCCGGGGGGGGCGUUUCGCGCGACGGCCGGCCCCCCAAAGCGGGAGAGGGCAGCUCGUCCAGCAACUCCAACCUGCUGUCCCCGCUCGCGCUGCCUCCGUCCGCGGCCGCGGCCGCGAGCACGCUUCGAGCGGCCGCGGCGCGGCUCUCGAAAGUCGCGGAGGACAUUCACACCCACGAACGGCAGCGCGGGGGGUCCGGCGAGUCUCGCCGCAGUCUAGUUACACCGGGCAGUGGGUGGGAGAAUGAACACUGGUCGCUCGCAAUGGACGCCCAGCUGGUUCUGUACGUGUGUGAACGGGCGGCCCUUCGGGGGGUAACCCCAAUGCUUCUGAAGCCGGACGACUUGUUUGGGAGUGAGGGAGAGGAGGACCUGUCCGAAUCCGUCCUGGCACGUGCCCCGUCCGGCGCGCCGGAAAUCGCGGACAAGGAGGUGCAGCCCGGGCCGGCGACGACGGCCGCGGCGACCAGGCAGGUCAGCGCGGAGUCGCAGCUGAUGCUGCUGAGUCGCCGCUCGCGCACCGCGCUCCGGGACCGGUUCGUCGUGCUCAAGAUGCUGAACCGCAUGGCGAAGCCGGUUCUGCCGCUGAUCGAUCUGCGACUGGUGGGGGAUCCCGCAAGCACCGCCCACCGCUUGGCGACUUCCAAGGGUCCGCUUUUCCCCGAGACGAAGGCGCAGAUGAUCGACCGGGGCGUCGCGCUCAUGCACGAAGACGGGGACGUGCCGUCGGUUGUCGUAAACCGGGCGCACGCUACGGCGGCGAACAGCAAACCGGGGCCAAAGGACGGGAACAACUCGGUCUUUGGGCAGCUGUUUGCGGGGCUGGAGCGGCACUCGCUGAGGAGGACGCAGGCGAAAGGGACGGGGCUGGUGUCGUGGCUGGUCAGCUUCGAAGGAGAGGGCGGAACCGACCACGGCGGACUGUUCCGCGAGUCGCUGCACGAUGCGUGCGCGGAGCUGCAGAGCGAUGCGCUUCCGCUCUUCAUCCAGUGCCCCAACGGACGGAACAACGUCGGCUUCAAUCGCGACACCUGGGUCCCUAACCCAGCCUGCACCAGCUGGGAGCACAUGAGGAGGUACCGUUUCAUCGGCACGCUGAUGGGCGCUUCGAUGCGCACGGGCAGCAGCAUGGAGCUCGACUUCUCGGCGUUUGUGUGGAAGCAGCUGAUCGGGGAACACCCGACCGUGCGCGAUCUCGCGGGCGUGGACGAGCGGUUCGUCCGAAUCCUGGAGUUUUACCGGACGCAUGCGGACGCCAAAGCCUGGGCGCAGGUCCGACAGACGGAGGGGGGCGUCAAGUACAUGGUCGCCACGUCGGACAGCAAGACGGUUGAGCUCAUCCCGAACGGCCGCGCGACCGCCGUCGCGUUCGAGGACCGCGAGCGCUACUGCCAGCUGGCACUCAACUAUAGGCUGCACGAGGUGACGCUCCAGAUCGCCGCGAUGCGCGAGGGGUUCUGCCGGUCCGGACCGGGCCUGCUGCUGCCGAUCCUGACGUGGCGCGAGCUGGAGCGUCGGAUCUGCGGACGGCCCGAGAUCGACGUCAAGCUGCUCAAGAAGAAGACGCGGUACAACAUGCCGGGGGGGGAGAAGAACAAGGUGGCGAUCUGGUUCUGGAACGUGAUGGAGAGCCUGACCAACGAGGACCGCGUCAAGUUCCUCUCCUUCGCGUGGGGCCGCGGCCGGCUGCCGCCCCACAGCAGCAGCCUCGAGUUCACGCUCCAGCUGGACGCUAACCGGGCCGAUUCACACCUGCCCCAGUCCCACACGUGCUUUUUCACACUGGAUCUGCCCAACUACUCGAGCGAGGCGGUGCUGCGGGCCAAGCUGCUGUACGCGGUGCACAAUUGCAAGGCGAUUGACACAGACUUUGCCGCGAGCGGCCGGUUGGGCGACGACGGCGACCCCGAAGAGGACGUCAUGAGCACAACGGACGCCAGCACGUACGACCCGUCCGAAGAUUUGAACGGGUUUGGGCUCAGCCGCGUGGGAAGCGACGCGGCCUUCGAGGGCGCCUUCGAUGGUGACGCGACCGCGGCCGCGAACGCGGCGGGCGUGGGUUCGAGCGAAGGCGCGGCCGCGAGCAGUGGGUUCAGCGCUGAGGAGGAGGACGAAGCGGGCUUCGACGUUGACAUGGGGGAUGACGAGUUGGAGGAGGAAGCGUUGUUUGUGGAUGAGGACUUUGAAGAGGACCUAGACUCCGAUAUCGAGAGCGAUGGCGAGAUAGACGACACCGCUCAAGACGAGAAUCGGUAUGACGAAGAGGUUCGAAGAGUGACCGGCGGCCGAUCUCGGCUGAGCUCACACAGCUAGUUGGGCCGGUUAGAUGUGUUGCUAAGCUACGCGUUGCGCCUAUUGUGAAUUUCCUUGACUUCAAUCAGGUUGGACCCAUGUUACUUUCAGUGACGAGGUGCUUGUCAAAGCUUUGGGAAUGCUGCAAAAGCAUUGUAGUGUAGACUAGAAGGGCAUUGCAUAAACGUGCCUGCGGCGUUAGUUCUAGAUGCUCCUGAGCACGUGUUUGAUUGCUAUAGGAGCAAAGGAUCAAGUUGCGGUUUGUUCGAUCUGGAAGAUUGGGGACUAUGUCUUACGGGUUGAUCGAUCGGCAAGGUAGAAUAUUAUUGGAAAUCUUCGAGGUUUAUACCAUACCAGUUAGCUUAAACACUUUUGGAAGGUUUUGAGACUUCUUGAUCCACUCUUGAACAAUUUCUAGGUUUAGCCGCGUGGCCGCGAGACAUCAG